UACAAAAAAACAACCCAGCCCAAACACCUUUUUCACUCUCCAUCCCACAUCCCCACGACGACUCUCCAACUCGCUCGCGCCCGCCCCCCGUGAGCCUGUGCACUUCUUCUCUUUCUCCGUAUCCCCCUUCUGCCAGUGCGCGCGUGCCCCGGGGCAAACCCCACCAACCGAAAUCAUGAGUGUCGUCGGUGUAGAUUUCGGAACCCUCAAGACCGUCAUUGCCGUCGCGAGAAACCGCGGCGUGGACGUGGUCACCAAUGAAGUCUCCAACCGAGCUACCCCCUCCAUGGUAGGAUUCGGCGCCAAGUCCCGCUAUCUUGGUGAAUCCGCCAAGACCCAGGAGAUCUCCAACCUCAAGAACACUGUCGGCUCCCUCAAGCGUCUCGCCGGUCGAACUUUCGCCGAUCCCGAUAUUCAGAUCGAGCAGCAGUACAUUACUGCGCCUCUUGUCGAUGUCAAUGGCCAGGUCGGUGCCGAGAUCAACUACCUGGGCAACAAGGAGAAGUUCUCUGCCACUCAGCUCGUUGCCAUGUACCUUAGCAAGAUCAGACAGACCGCCGCCGCCGAGCUCAAGCUCCCCGUCUCCGACAUCUGCAUGACUGUGCCCCCGUGGUUCACAGACGUCCAGCGCCGCGGCCUCAUUGACGCCGCCGAGAUCGCUGGCCUCAAGCUCCUCCGCCUCAUCAACGACAACACAGCCGCCGCUCUCGGCUGGGGUAUCACCAAGCUCGACCUUCCGGGCCCCGAGGAGAAGCCCCGCCGUGUCGCUUUCGUCGACGUCGGCCACAGCAGUUACACCUGCUCAAUCAUUGAGUUCCGCAAGGGUGAGCUCUCCGUCAAGGCUACCGCCUGGGACCGCAACUUUGGUGGCCGUGACUUCGACAAGGCCCUCGUCGACCACCUCACCAAGGAGUUCAAGGGCAAGUACAAGGUUGACAUCACCACCCACGGCCGAGCCAUGGCUCGUACCAUCACCGCCGCCGAGAAGACGAAGAAGAUUCUCUCCGCCAACCAACAGUCUCCCGUCAACAUCGAGUCUCUCAUGAACGAUAUCGAUGCUACUAGCAUGAUUACCCGACAGGAGUUCGAGGCUAUGAUUGAGCCCCUCCUUGCCCGUGCCCAUCUCCCUCUCGAGCAGGCCCUCGCCCAGGCUAAGCUCACCAAGGAGGACAUCGACAUCAUCGAGGUCGUCGGUGGUGGCUCCCGUGUCCCCGCCCUCAAGGAGCGCAUCCAGGAAUUCUUCGGCAAGCCUCUUUCCUUCACCCUGAACGCCGACGAGGCCCUUGCCCGUGGUUCCGCCUUCAGCUGCGCCAUUCUCUCCCCCGUCUUCCGUGUCCGUGACUUCUCCGUCCAGGACAUCAUCAGCUACCCCAUCGAGUUCGGUUGGGAGAAGGCUCCUGAUAUCCCCGACGAGGACACUUGUCUUACCGUCUUCAACAAGGGCAACGUCAUGCCCUCCACUAAGAUCCUUACCUUCUACCGCAAACAGCCCUUCGACCUUGAGGCCCGCUACGCCCAGCCCGAGGAGCUCCCCGGCAAGACCAACCCUUGGAUUGGUCGUUUCUCCGUCAAGAGCGUCAAGGCUGACGGCAAGGACGAUUUCAUGAUCUGCAAGCUCAAAGCCCGUGUUAACAUCCACGGUGUCCUGAACGUAGAGAACGGCUAUUACGUCGAGGACCAAGAGGUCGAGGAGGAGAUCAGCGAGGAGGGUGACAAGAAGGAUCCCGAUGCCAUGGAAACUGAUAAGAAGGACGACGGUUCUAAGAAGACCCGCAAGGUCAAGAAGCAGGUCCGCAAGGGUGACCUGCCUAUCUCUAGUGGCACUGCUUCUCUAGAUGACGCCUCCAAGGCUGGUCUGAUCGAGAAGGAGUCUACCAUGGUUAUGGAAGAUAAGCUCGUCGCCGAUACCGAGGAGAAGAAGAACGAGCUCGAGGCCUACAUCUACGACCUCCGUGCUAAGCUCGAUGAGCAAUACUCUGAGUUUGCCAGUGACGAGGAGAAGACGAGCAUCAAGGCUAAGCUCGAGGCUACCGAGGACUGGCUGUACGAGGAGGGCGAGGAUACCACUAAGGGUGUGUAUGUUGCCAAGAUUGACGAGAUUCGCGCCAUGGCCGGCCCCAUUGUCCAGCGCCACUUUGAGAAGGUUGACGCUGAGCGACGAGCUGUCCAGGAGCGUGUGGACGCCGAGCGUGCUGCUAAGAAAGCCGCUGAGGAAGAGGCUCGCAAGGCUGCUGAGGCUGAGAAGGCCGCCCAGGGCGGAGACCAGGAGAUGAAGGACGCCGAUGCUACCCAAGAGGAGGGUGCCUCCCAGUGAAUGCGCUGAUUUUAAGCAAGGAUGGGUUGUGGAUUAUAUGACGUGAGGACGACAAAAUAAAACGAGGCACAAAGAAGACGAAGACCAAGAAGAUGAAAUGAUGAGAAGCAGCAUAGAAAUGCCCACGGUUGCACGGCUUUAUUGGGGAGGGAUCAUCAUGACGGAUAUGUACCCGCGUUAGACCACUUUUACACCUUAGUCGCUAGGAUCAAGAAACCAAGUUGGUUCAAGUA